AUGGAGAAUGAUUUGAAUGAUUUCGAGUCGCAGGCGAUUGCCGACGCCGGACAUGAGCUUGGAUUUACUAAAGAGCUUAUCGAUGAGAUUCGCGACCAAAAAGAGCAGAAUCCUGGAAUGUUCGUGUCGGCUUGGCAGGAUGACAAUGAGGGGAUCGCCGAGAAGAACAUGAAGGAUCCCAAAGAAAUUUGGCUGACGGCGGCCGAAGAGGGAAAGCUUGAAGAUGUCAAAGAAAUUCUCGAGAAUUCACCGGAAAUCUUGAACGCCCAUGAUGCCGACGGCUACACGGCACUUCAUCGCGCUGCUUAUAACAAUCACGUCGACGUCGUCGAGCUCCUUCUCAAGUCCGGUGUUGAUACCGAAGCGAGAACUCGCGAUGGAUGGACGGCGCUGCAUUCAGCGAGCAAUUGGGGAAACUACGAGGUCGUCGGGAAGCUUAUAAGCCACGGUGUCGAUGUCAACGCGUUGUCCCAUGGAAAUUUGACGGCUCUCCAUCUAGCCGUUCAGAGUCAAAACGAGGACCCUGACAACGUGUUCCACACGGUUCGUUACCUCCUUCAAGCGCCUGGAAUUGACGCAUCGGUUCCUAGCAACAACGGCGAUACGCCCCUUCAAAUGGCCUAUCGUUCAAGUGGCAGCAUUUAUCAUCUCAUCAAGAAUUUCCUUGAAAGACCUUGA